AUGAAGAAAAGGGAAGUGAAUGCGGUGCAAUACGCCGUAUGUGAAGAAUGCAGAGACAUUGGUCACCGGACUGAGAAUUGUCAAGCCACCGUAGAGGUAAAUCAAGUGUAUGGGGACCGAAGGCAAUAUGAUAUGAACUCCAACACUUACCACCCCGGGUUGAGGAACCAUCCUAACUUUAGGUAUGGUAAUACCCCCAACCAAAUAAACCCGAAUUUUCAAUCGGGGAAUCAAGGUGGGUAUUCGCACCAAACUCGCCAAAGAAGUUACAAUCAAGAUGGUCACGGGUCGACGAAUAAUCAAGGAGGUGGUAGUGAUUUGAGUGCCAAAAUGGAUGCAAUGCUUUCAAUGAUGCAAGAGUCCAAGAAGGAGAACGAAAUUCGGGACAAAUCGCAUGAAGCAUUAGCAAAACAAGUGGGCCAACUUGCGGAGGAAAUGGCACAAAUGAGGGGGAGCAUGGGAAAGCUCCCAAGUGACACCACGGUGAACCCUAAGCAUCAAAGCUCAAGCACAGGCAAUGUAAGGAAUGUACACAUUAGCGCGGUAAGUAUUCUUUCAAAUGAUGAUGUUUGUAGUAGUGUUGAAAGCAUUCCACCACCACAAUGCGUUGAUGGUGUAGUGGGAAAUACUAGAGAUGAGUUGGAAAUUGAGGAACGGUACCCACCGAAGGACGAGAGGUGGGAAAAUUUUAAACAAGCAAAAAUUAAUUUACCGUUACUCGAUGACAUUAAAAAGGUUCCGGCCCAUGUGGAAUGCUUGAAGGAGUUAAGCAUCGAAAAACGGCACAACAAAUUACCCGAACCGGUUGAUUUGAUAUCUCAUGUUAGUGUCAUUUUAUCGAGUGCGCUCCCCCAAAAAGUUCAAGAUCCGGGAGAUCCUCUUAUUCCAAUUCAAAUUGGAGCAUUUAAAAUCGAGAGGGCGCUCCUCGAUCUUGGAGCUUGUGUGAGCAUCUUGCCCGGGAGUUUGUAUGACCAAUACGAUUUUGGUCCAUUGAAAAAGUUUGAUACUCCCGUGGUAUUGGCCGAUCAGACUCCCACGCAUCCAAGGGGGAUGGUGGAAGAUGUGAUUGUGAAGGUGGAAGAUUGCUAUUACCCAGUGGACUUUUUGGUAGUAGACUAUGUUGGGUGUGUUGAGGACACCCAGCCGAUAGUCAUACUGGGUAGACCGUUCCUCGCAACUGCUAAUGCCAUAAUAAAUUGUGCAACGGGAACGGUGAGCAUGAAGUUUGGGGACCGGGAAUUAAAUUUAAAUAAUUUUCCAAAAUUUACUAGCCCACUCGGUGAGGAUACGUGUCCCAAGAAGGACAUGAAUCCAAACAAAAAGGUAUGUGCUAUGGUUGGUAGGUUUGGAGAACCAAAGAAGAAACCGGUCAAGAAGAAGAAGGCGAAGAAGUCGCCUCAAGAAAAGAAGAAGGAAGAGGAAGUGAGGAAGUUUGGACCGUUUGGCAACAAAUGGUAUGAAUCACCGGUGGGUGAUUUCGAGGAGUUUGUAGGCGGCAAACAUGCCAUUCGACCACCAUGA